UUUGCGAAUCGCUGACGGUAAAAUGACGUGUUUGUUGGUCGACCGAGCACAACGCGAAUGAAGAAACGUGGAACACUAGUGUACUACAACAAGGAAGCAACGUGCUUACUCAGGUUAUUAGUCUGUUCGGAUAGGCUAGAACAGUUUUGAAGAAAUAGCUAUAACUGAAGAGAACGAAAAAGAGCCAGUCGCUUUGGAAUCAGAAUCCUAUCGUGGUGAGAAUGAAGAAGGAAGUGAGUGCUGGCGUGAAUUUUCUGAAAGGUUUGGUAGUGGAGCGUGGAGGUGUGGAUCAAAUUAAAGCCAAACUUUUCGCUGCUAAUUUACAAGAGCUUCUGCUUAAAAAGUUCACUGGCCACUGGUACCCAGACAAUCCUUGCAAAGGACAGGCAUACAGAUGCAUCAGAAUAAAUGACAAAAUUCCUUGUGAUGAAUCGGUAUCACAAGCGUGCGUGGAAAGCGGCUUAAAGCCAAGCGAGUUAGGUUUUCCUCGGGAGAUCACGAUCUGGAUCGAUCCAUCGGAGGUGUGUGUGCGUUCUGGAGAGAAUGGCAGAUAUUUUACAGUCGCUCAGUUUACUAAAGUGGAGGAUGAGGAAAGGGACUUUAAUCAGGGUGAUACUUUUAGCCAAGCGGAUUCUGUGAAUCUGGAUACAUCCGACUACCACUCAGCGACCUCAUCUGACUGCGGCUCAGCAGUCUCAAGUGAUACAGAAGAGGAGGUGAAAGAGAACCAAACAAAAAAAGCAGAGGAGAGAAAAGUGAAGAAUACAGUCCAUACAGCAAGAUCUAAAGCAAGGGAAUCUAAAGGGCCAUGCAAGUUUACUCCAGCUCAGAUCCCUGGCCCGCAGUACUUUUAUAACCCUGCACCGAUGUGGUCCCAUCACAAGAAGAAGAGAGGCAUGUUCUUCACGACUGUAUGUGCACCGGCACCUUCUCCGCUGUUUGCUUACUACGUCAUUCCCAAAGCCCCUCCUCAGUUCAUUGUGCCUCACGCUACCCUCCAAACCUGGGGGACAGUGAAAGGGUAACCUAAACCAGUCUAUCUGUAAUGUAAGACGCAUCUGCCCAUCUGCAGGGAACUUUAUAGCAUAUUAGAAUGAAAUUAUAAACUUGAAAUACAGUGUCAAGCAUGCCAACUAUUUAACUUUUUAUUUUUUUUUACUGAUUUUGGGCUUAUUAAUUCAAAUGAACUUUAAGCUUUUCGUUUGACCUAUUCUGCCAUUAUUUAUUUUUUCUUUGGGUUUUAGCUUUAGGUUUUUAUGCGCUUAAAAUGGUCAGUCAAUAUAUUUAAGCUUCUCUUGCACAAAACACUGGCUCUGUUUUUACUUGAUCACAAACUGUACAGGCAUUAUUUCUCAACUUUGCCAAAGAUGGAUUACCACAUACUUGAAAUUUUUUCAGUCAUAGAUAUGGAAAUGAAAACUUUUCCAGUAGCUUCUGUCGGGAUUGUUUUAAUGUUUUAGUAACUUUUUAUUCAUAGAAUACUUGAGUUAUAUUUAUUGGAGUAGUUGUUUUGAGUGAAUUUAGUUAUUAUACUCAAUGGAUGCACAUUCCCAAAUAUUACCAGCAAUUCAGCUCAGGUGUAAUAGUUUAUGAAGUUACCUCUAAAACAACAAGCAUCCUAUACCUUUUCUAUUAAAAAUAAUCUCAUAUAGGCUAUUGAAGUUCCUGACUAAUGGGAAUUCACUUUUAAGAACAAUCAUAUCUGCUCAAGAUGUAGAGAGGACUGCAUUAAAUGAUGAUAAUUGUACUGUAUAUUUUUCCAAUACCACUAGGUGGCAGUAUACAUUGCCUCAAGACAAUUUCAUUACAAGCCAUAUUUCCACAUUUCAUUAUCUUGAUAUUUUGAUUGUACAUAACGGAUUUUCUUCUUGUAGUAUUUGUUGUGUAAACACUGCAUGUAAAAGUGUACAGUGUCAUCUCACAAUUGCUGUCAUGUGUACCAGCAGAAAUGUUUUAAUAACCUGCCUUUUUAGAUUUUACCUUUGCUAUAUCAUUAUUAUUAUAUAAAUUAAUUGUGUGUGGUUUUGUAUGUUAUACGUGUGACCUAUGCUUUAUUUACCAAUUUUGCCUUUUUUUUUGUCUUCAAAUGCAUGUGUCCUUUCUUCCCCUGUAAUCUUUCAAAUCCGCUGUUUGAAAGUUAUGCUGUUAUGCAUUCACUGUAAAUAUUGUUUCUCCUUUAGCAAAAAAGUAAUGAGCUAUGUCCAAAGGAUGUUACAAAUAUAUAUUUUAUUACUAAAACAGUAA